AAAUCCUCGCAUGUCGAACCUAGUGAGAAAAUGGAAGUGAGCGAGCCAGAUGAUGACGACGGCUACCGUACACCUGAACGCGCCACUCUCUUCACCAACACAGCAGUUUCACUUUACGGUCUUGACGAGGAUACCAUCAAAAAACUAUCGUAA